AUUAUGGAGAAUAUUUCUUAUUGGGUUUUUCAGGCCCUGCCAUGGCUUCUCGCCUUAGCAUUUCUCUUCAAAAUAAACACUUUUUAUCAACGGCGAGAAGCUAAAACUCCACCAGGUCCACGGCCAUGGCCUAUUAUUGGCAAUUUGAAUCUUCUUGGCUCACUCCCACAUCAAUCCUUACAUUUACUAUCCCAAAAAUAUGGAGAUUUAAUGCUCCUCAAAUUUGGGUCCAAGCCGGUUUUAGUUGCCUCCUCCCCUGAAACGGCUAAACUUUUCUUGAAAACCCACGACGCCGUGUUCGCCUCUCGGCCUCCCACGGCCGCCGGCGACCACACUUUUAACCGGUCCAACCUCACGUGGUCGCCUUAUGGAUCGCCCUGGCGCCACGCCCGCAAGAUUCUCAUUUCCGAGGUUUUCACCCCGAAGAAACUUGAAUCAUUCGAGUACGUUCGCGUUGAGGAAAGGACGACGUUGAUUUCCCGCCUUUACGAUGCUGUCGGGACUAAAAAGCCGGUGUUUCUAAGAGACCAUUUGUUGAGGUUCACCCUUUCUACCAUGACUAGGCUAGUUUCAGGUCACAAGUACUACGAUAGCAACGAUUGUAGUGAAUUGAGAAAACCGAUUGGCUACAAAAUUACGUUGGAGAAAUUACAAGGGAUUCUUGAUGAAUGGUUUCUGCUUAGUGGUGUGAUCAAUCUUGGAGAUUGGGUUCCUUGGUUGAGCGGCUUUGACUUGCAAGGAUAUGUGAAGAAGAUGAAAGCUUUAAGCGACGAGUACGAAGAGUUCCUAAACCAUGUGAUUGAAGACCAUAGAGCUGUGAUGAAAGCUGAGAAGAAUUUUGUCCCCAAGGACAUGGUGGAUAUCUUUUUGCAGAUUGCUGAUGAUCCAAAUCUUGAGCCGGAUGUUGAACUCAAUCACGACCGCAUAAUGGGGUUAAUACAUGAUAUGCUGGCGGGUGGCACAGAUACAGCAGCAGCAUCGGUGGAAUGGGCAUUUCAAGAAUUGCUUAGAAAGCCACUGAUCAUCAAAAGGGCGACAGAAGAGCUGGAUAGAGCGAUUGGAAGGGAGAGAUGGGUAGAAGAGAGAGACUUUUGGCAACUACCAUAUAUGGAAGCAAUCAUCAAGGAAACAUUCAGGUUGCAUCCACUUUGCACAUUGCUCCCACCCCAUUAUUCCAUGGAAGAUUGCAAUGUGGCCGGUUACGAGGUACCAAGUGGAACAACUGUUCUUGUUAACUUGUGGUCUAUAGGCAGGAAUCCUAAGUAUUGGGACAAAGCUGAUGAGUUUUUUCCCGAAAGAUUUUUAGACAGAGACGUUGAUAUAAAUGGACAAGAUUUUGCACUUUUACCAUUUGGGUCGGGUAGAAGAAGAUGUCCCGGCUAUAGUCUUGGAAUGAAGGUUGUUCGAACAACAUUAGCCAAUCUAUUACAUGGAUUUAAUUGGAAAUUAGCGGAAAACAUGAGGCCGGAGGAUAUAUCCAUGGAAGAGGUUUAUGGCUUGACCACUCUUCCAAAAUUUCCUUUGUCUAUCAACAUUGAGCCUAGGCUUCCCACACAUCUUUACUAGGAUGUAUUGAUUUCUUUCUCUUCUACAAAGACUAUCAAAUUACGUUUUAAUGGAAAUUCAAUCCUAUUUUAAUAAAAAUAAACACUUCAAUAGGUGCAAA